AUGUUGAACAUUUCAGUCAGAGCAGCAACAAGAGGCGUCCGCUCUCUAUCUGUGGGCGGCUAUAGGAGGAUCCAUCAGAGUCGGUCGUUGUUGGCGGCACAUGCUUAUGGCAUGCCGGCAAUGUCGCCAACUAUGGAGUCGGGUGCUAUAGUUGAAUGGAAAGUCAAGGAGGGCGACAAGUUCAAUUCGGGCGAUACUCUAUUAGAUAUUGAAACAGACAAGGCUACGAUUUCUGUGGAUGCGAUUGAUGAUGGCAUUGUUGCCAAAAUCUUGUUGCCAGAUGGAACUAAAGAUAUCGAUGUCGGUACUCCGAUUGCCAUUUUUGCAGAUGAAGGCGACGAUUUAGCCGAAUUGGAAUAUCCUGAUAUUGAAAAGAAGACCGACAAGGCAGAACCGGCGCCAGCACCAGCACCAGCGUCAUCAGCGGCACCAACAGCAAGUGUCGAGGCUAAGGCGUCUGAAACCAAAGAAGAAUCAAAGAGCUUUGCUUCUACAAGUGCAAAUACUUCUCAACAUUUCUUACCUUCUGUUGAAUUGUUACUAGAGCAGAAUCAUAUUUCGAGAGAAGACGCUUUGUCAAAGAUCACAGCCACGGGCCCAUCAGGUAGAAUCUUAAAAGGUGACGUGUUGGCAUAUUUGGGAUCCAUCAAACCGGAAAGCAAUACCACCUUGGCAGAAUACCUUGAGAAGACGUCGCAUUUGGACCUAUCAAAUAUCAAACUCAGAGAAGGUGACAGUGGAGCACCAACUAAGGAAACCGAGACGCCAAAGCAAAAGGUUAAGGAACCAGUAACCAUCACAAAAUUAUAUUCAAUUGCCGAAGAUGUUGGCUAUCCUCAAUUGAGACGGUUUAGGGGCGAAAUCGACGAACUUAUAGAGUUGGCAGAGCAAGAGGCAUAUGCACAUAAAUAUGAACCAGAUUCGGAGCUUGAUGAUCCGUUGUUUGACGAUCUUGUUGCACCUCCAAGAAACGCUGGUAGAUUCACAGUCGACUAUAAGGUUAAUUUUGAAGACGACCAAGCUUCAUCGCUUGACUUAACUGUAACAUUGAAUGAAAAAUGCUAUGAUGCCCAAGAAAAGGCUGAUUAUUUUGUCUCCAAGUUUACCGAAUACCUUGAAGCCAACCACGAGAGACACAACGAUAUAUAA